AACUUUUAAUGCUUGCCAUAGGAUGUUGACAGUAUAACGUCUACUUUCUACUUGACUGCCGAUCGAGUAGCGAAAAAUGAUCCAACGUCCUUUAUAUGGACUGAAGGAAUGAAACUUAUCGUGCCAAGACCUGAAGAAGAAAAUCGUUUAUUCGCUUUCAUCGGACCAUUUCAACCGUUGGUUUGGUUGCUGAUUUUCAUCAGCCUUUUCCCUGUCAUUGGCGCGAUGACUUUUUUUACGUGGCUCUACCAACAUCUUCAUUGGAAUAACGAUGCCACUAGGGGCACCAAUUCCUUUCGAUGGUUUACUACUAUCUCUAGUUCCCACAUGAUUUACGUGAUUAACACCCUGACCAAUCAAGGGGGUAGAGAAGCAUUUGAUCGCUUCUCAUUUCGGGUCCUGACUGGAGUUUGGGUUUUGUGCGCUAUGGUUUUGGUCAAUUGUUACACUGGAAUCGUCACAUCUUCACUCACAACGCCAAAGAUGAAACCGACCAUAAACUCAUUUGAAGAUUUGGCCGCAAGCAAAGAAGUUAAAAUAGUUAUUCGAGGUGAUACGUCGAUGGGAGAUCAAAUCCUGAGAGCAACAUCCGGUGUUUACAAGGUUUUUGGAGAUCAAGCCCGUCGCAAUCCUAAUCAACUAGUUGAUAAUCCUUUCAAAUUGACCACAGCAUUACAAACUGGUCGCUACGCUUAUCCUUAUCUUCACUCUUUAUGCUUCGCCUUUAUCAGUUCUCAAUAUGAGAAAGAUGGGGAGUGUCGGUUUAAAUUAUCGAAGGUUUUACCCGUUUCGAUUGGAUAUACUUCGUUGUUUUUCAAAAAAGGAACUGCCUUUACUAAAGAUAUGAGCAAAGGACUGAUGGAACUGUGGGAGAGCGGACUCGUCCGUUUUUGGGUUAACAACAUCCCUUCUAAUCCAAAGGCGCGAAAAUGUUUGGCCGACACUAAACGCGAAGUCACCGGAUUAGUCCCCAUUAAAUUGUCUGACUUGAUUAGCGCGUUCUUCAUCCUGGGCAUCGGACUUGGAUUGGCGACGCUGAGUUUCUUAUUGGAAAUAAUCCAAUCUAAAUUUCGCCCUUAA